AUGUCGGCUGGCAAAGUUGCUCCUCCUGCUCAGAAGGGUCUCAUCCGCACGGUCCGGUGUUUAGCAAAGGGGACAUCGAUAUGGAUUCAAGGGGUGGUAGUGUGGGUCUCUGAAACCCAACUCGCUAUCGACGAUGGCUCUGGUAUAGCCCGCGCCGCGCUGCAGGAAUAUAUGCGUCAUGAAUCGUCACUACCGUUUCGGGAGGGGCAGUAUGUCAUGGUCGUUGGUAUCAUGCUCAAAAGGUUCAAGGGACAUCGCAUGGGGAUGAAAGCAACUACAAUUUGCGACUUGACCUCAUCCCCAAUGUUUGAGACAUUGUGGAACUUGGAAGUCGCAGACGCCUUUCUGUACGGCAAGGAGAAGGGCACAGGUGAAGUCAUGAGGGGAUGA